UUUUCCUCAUGAGUUGGUACCUGCUGGCCCAAAGUCCCACCUGGACCCUCUGGGACAGGUCGGACCAGUGGCCCGUCUGCUCAUCGAUCCUUUGGCAAGUCCAUAAUGUCCUGAGGCUUUGCUCUCUCCUCAUGUUCAGGAACAUUCCUCACAUGUCCUUUGAUGACAUGGCCAGGGAACUGGAGCAGACGUUUAGCCUGAACCAGGACCCAACGGGGGAGCUGGAGUACCAAUACUCGAUACCAAGCUGUGUGGUGUUGUCGAUACACCAGAGGGACGGGAUGUCAUCCAAAAGGACCUGGACAGACUGGAGAGGUGGGCCCAGUAUUUUGUUCCUCCAAAGCAAACAAGAAGACCUUCAGUCAUGGCAAGGAAUUCCUAAAUCUAAUGGCGAUGGGGCAGUGGUUUGUGGUGAACAGAAGCUCUGAAGAGGCUGCCGGAGGUGCCCACGGCAGUGGACGUUCUUGUGGAGCCAGCUCUUGGGAACACCGUGACCGAGCUGGACGCAGACUUUGAGGCCAGUUUCCAGGCUGCGUGGCAGAAGCUGGAGCAGCUCUGCGAGGAGGCAGUGAGAGACAACAAAUGUGCUGAGAAGGAGAAAUGCCGGGACUCUGAAAGAGGCAAAGUGGAGAAGACCAAGCGGAGCCUGGAGACCUCCACCAAAGGGCGGCAGGAAGGGUCAUCUAAGAGUGACUCUUCCAAGAAAACUAAAGAGAAGGGGAUUUCUGGGAGCUUCAGCUCUUCCGAGAGAAAGCGCAAAUUCUCUCAUGUGGCCAAAAGAUCAACUGGCUUUCCCUCCCUUUUGGGGGAGGAUGAAAAGGAAGAGAAAUUUCCACUACCCACCAUGUCCUUUGAGGAGUACCUCAACUAUGACCAGCCUCAGAAAAAGAAAGUGAAGAGAGCGGUCAGAGCCUCUGUGUCGGCGGGGAAAGAAGAGCAGCCCCGUGUCGACAGCUCCUGCUCCUGUCAGCCCAGCCCCAGCCGCAAGCGCAGCCAUGAGCAACGGGGAGAGCAGGAGCCACCAGAGGCUCCUGAACCCAAGAGGACACUUCUCAACGUGGACAUAAAGCUCCCAGAGAUCCCCCUGCCGCCGAUCCAGGCCCGCUGCAGCCCCCUUCCUGCUGCUGAGUCCCCUCCCUGCCCCCAGAAGAAAAGGAGAGGUAUGUUGGGCAGGCCAAUUGGUCUGAAAUGGGCUGCAGCAACUCAGGCUGGGCUCUUCUUUGCUCUGUUCCCUUCUUACUCCACCUCUUCCACUUCACAGCGGCUCCCUCGGCAGCUGAAGAGCCAGAAGGGGGUUUCCCAGGCUGCCGGGUCUAUUCCAAGACCCCGGUGUUUUCGGGCCUUAACACCGCCCGAGUCCCAAGGGCUCCUUCUCAGCAGCCUGUCCCAGGGGUCACCAACAACACUGCCUCCAUCUGUCAAGAGAGUGGUGUCCCUCUGCUGCGGCCUGUGUCGGACAGAUGCCCCCCAGAGCCGUUCUCUGGCACGGAGGGACGUCACCAUGUCCUCUCUGAAGAUACAGAAAGGCUCUGGAGGGACCGGUGUCUCCGCGAAUUCAAGAACGAGGAGCCCAGAGGGGCCGAGUCCUGGCGGGAGAUGUACCUCCGCCUGCACGAGGCACGGGAGCAGCGGCUGCUCCAGUUGGCCCAGAAGAUCAGCUCAGCUCAGGCCAACAAAGAUCGAGCGUCCAAAACCGUGCUUCUGCACUCCCCGCCAAAGGCUCCUCGGGACGUACGACGGAGACAAGAGAAGUUUGGGACUGGAGGAGCCCUGCUGCCAGAGAAGACCACAACAAAACCAGUCCUGUGUGCAUCCAGCACCUUCUCCUCCUGUGACCCCAGGAAACCACCAGUGAAGAAAAUUGCACCCUUGAUGGCACAGUCCAUCAAAGUCUUCAAAAACACAUUAUCUCGGAGAUAAGCUGCAGUCCAGACCUGGGACUUUCCCUCUUGGGUACGCGUGGCCUGAUGGAGAAGGUCCCCAAACAGCCCUUUUCUUUGGACUCUUGGGAGGCUGCAGCUUUGUCAUCUCUCAAAAGAAGGGUGUAGAGCAUCUCCUGAGAACAUGUCAAGUCUUCACACCAGCAGAGAGUGGAAGAUCCUGAGAAUAUUUAUUUUUUAACCUCUUAAUAAAUUAUAAGAUAGUUUUACUUGA